UGUUUUCAGUUCACAGUGCCGGUAUAGUUAUUUCAGAAUUUGCAAGAACCGGGAUAAAUGUUUCAUAUUCCCAGUUGCUGACUGAAAGGUUUAGAAUACGUCAGUAAACAGUGCUGAAAGGGAUCGAAAGUGAAAAGUGAGUUAUUACUUACCACGCUGUGUGAAAACCUGGCCAGAAAGUUCCUUGUAAAUGAAAGUGAUCUGAAGAUAAAGACAGAGGAUGCUCUUCUCUCUUCUUUUAUGCUCCUUCUUUACACACGUCGGCUGUGACUCCUGCAGGUGCAUGAGUUUGCCCUCUAAAGGUGUGUAUGUAAACUGCAGCUGGCAGGGCCUGAGGAACAUCCCUCACCUUCCUGCCCACAUCACAGAGCUGCUGCUGCAGAAUAACCUGCUGACCACCAUUAUUCCAGGACAGCUGGACAUGCUCCACAACCCCAGGCUGGUGAAUUUAUCCGGGAACCCUUUCCACUGUGACUGCCAUAUUCUGUAUUUACGACAAUGGCUGAAGCUGAAUAAAGCAGUGUCUGUGAUGCCAACGUGUGCCAGUCCUCCAGAACUUGCCCAAAAGUCCAUCGAUGAGCUGACCGAUGCUGAUCUCCCUUCCUGUGCCUCGAAUCAAUGCUCUGGAUUGGUUUAUAAUGCCGUCUUAUGCUCACUGCUUUGCAUUCUCAUCGGUUUGCUGCUGUGGUGUGUGCAGCUAGCAAGAAACUCGACCUUCAUUCUAGGAAUUGAUGAGAGACACACUGGAUUCGAGGCAGAAUCUCUUCGAUCGCUCAAACCCAAACACAGAAUGAGGAUGAGGUACAGUAUUGGGUCAGGAACCGAUGAUAUGGACAAGCCUUUACUCAACAUGGACAUUCUGCCUCAGAUACUGGAUGUCCUGCACAAGCAACACAACAUUAAGAUUAAAGUACCAUGAAAAAAAAGAUUGUUUACUGAUCAUUUUACUUGUGUAUAGUGUUUUAUUCCAUUUGCACAAUUAUUUGACAUGUAAAACAUAGACUGCCAUUUACAUCAAAGACUUAUUUCAAACUGUUUAUGAGUUUAUUCUUUGGUUGAAGACAAAAGGAGGUAUUUUGAAGAAAGCUGAAAACCUGUAACCAUUGACUUCCAUAGUAGGAAAAAUUUAUAUCAUGCAAUAUGUGGCGAUGCAGUGGUGCAGUAGGUAGUGUUGUCACCUCACAGCAAGAAGGUCACUGGCUUAAGCCUCGGCUGGGUCAGUUGGCGUUUCUGUGUGGAGUUUGCAUGUUCUCCCUAAGUUUGUGUGGGUUUCCUUCGGGUGCUCCGGUUUCCCCCACAGUCAUGCGGUACAAGUGAAUUGGGUCAGCUAAAUUGGGUCAGCUAAAUUGUCCGUAGUGUAUGAAUGAGUGUGUGUGGUUGUUUCCCAGAGAUGGGUUGCAGCUGGAAGGGCAUCCGCUGCGUAAACGUGCUGGAUAAGUUGGCGGUUCAUUCCGCUGUGGCGACCCCGGAUUUAUUUAAUAAUAUUUAUUAUUAUUAUUAUUAUUAUUAUUAUUAUUAUAUCAUUUCUCAAUGCUUACAGGUUUCCAACAUUCUUCAAAAUAUCUUCUUUUGUAAGGAGGGAAGUUUAAAACAAGUAAAUGGUGAGUGAAUGAUGACAAUUUACAUUUUGGGGUUAACUCCAUUUAAAAUGCUACAGUAAGUG